AUGGACAGGCCACAGGAGAAGACUGGCAAACGGGCCUCCAUCAAGAAGAAGAUGGAGAAGCUGAGAAGGUGGAGCACCUCGUCCAGCACAGCGAGCGUGGACGGGGUGGGGAGCAGUGCCAGACCCCCCCGGACCAAGGCCCUCAGCCUGUCCUCCCCGCCCGAGGGGAUGGGGGACCUGGAACGGGAGCUGGACCAGGAGAUGGAGAAGCAGAGGAGGAAGCUGAGGCCCAUCGUGGACCCGGUCUUCGGUCAGAAGGGGGCAGUGGAGGGGGGCGGGGCCCCUUUGGCGGCGGCGGUCCUGGGGGGAGUGUGCGGCCCCCGGGGGCAGGCGGGGCACGGCCCGGACGAGGAUGAGCAGCUUCCCCUGGACGAUUCGGGGAGCGAGCGGGACUUCGAUGGGCCCCUGUGCGCGCUCGUGCAGAACUGCACCAUGCUGCAUAACAUCGUGGGGCCUGCCUGCAUCUUCCUCAGACAGGAUUUUGCCCAGUCCCAGCUCGAUAGAGACUUGCGCCCAGAAGAAAUUGAAGAGCUGAAGGAGGCCUUCAGAGAGUUCGAUAAGGACAAAGACGGCUUCAUCAGCUGUAAGGACCUGGGGGAGUGCAUGCGGACCAUGGGCUACAUGCCCACUGAGAUGGAGCUGAUCGAGCUGAGCCAGCAGAUCUGUGGCGGCAGAGUUGAUUUUGAAGACUUUGUUGAGCUGAUGGGACCCAAAAUGCUAGCAGAGACUGCAGAUAUGAUCGGAGUUAAAGAGCUGAGAGAUGCCUUCCGAGAGUUCGACUCAAACGGCGAUGGGCAGAUCAGCUUGGCGGAGCUGAGGGAGGCCAUGAAGAAGCUGAUGGGAGAGCAGCUGAACCACAGAGAGAUCGACGAGAUCCUGAGAGACGUGGAUCUCAACGGAGACGGACUGGUUGACUUCGAGGAGUUUGUCAGAAUGAUGUCACGCUAAGGCAGAGAGCAGCAUCCGAGAGGAGCUACGAGGAGAGGGGACCAGAACAGG